AUGUUCGUGCAGGAGGAGAAGAUCUUCGCGGGCAAAGUGCUGCGGCUGCACAUCUGCGCGUCCGACGGCACCGAGUGGCUGGAGGAGGCGACGGAGGACACCUCGGUGGAGCAGCUCAAGGAGCGCUGCCUCAAGCAGUGUGCUCAUGGGAGCUUAGAAGACCCUAAGAGUGUCACCCACCACAAGCUCAUCCACGCUGCUUCCGAGAGGGUGCUGAGUGACGCCAAGACCAUCGCCGAGGAGAACGUGCAGGACCACGAUGUCCUGCUGCUGGUGAAAAGGCGUGCGCCGUCUCCGCUUCCUAAGAUGGCCGACGUCUCCGCCGAGGAAAAGAAGAAACAAGACCAGAAAGCCCCUGACAGAGAUGCGAUCGCCCGAGCCACAGCUGGCCUGCCCGCCUGCAACAUGGACCGGGCUGUGGUGCAGACCAGCCUCCGAGACUUCCAGACGGAGCUCCGGAAGAUCCUGCUGUCCCUCAUUGAGGUGGCGCAGAAGCUGCUGGCGCUGAGCCCCGGCGCCGUGGAGUUAUUCACGAAGGCCAAUGCGAUGCUGGACGAGGACGAGGAGGAGCGGGUGGACGAGACGGCCCUGCGGCAGCUCACGGAGAUGGGCUUCCCCGAGAGCAGGGCCGUGAAGGCGCUUCGGCUGAACCACAUGUCCGUUCCUCAAGCCAUGGAGUGGCUGAUUGAGCACGCGGACGACCCCACCAUAGACACGCCGCUGCCAGGGCACACCUCGCCGGGCCCCGCGGGCGCCGAAGCUCCGGCCGAGGCUGCCGCCGGCCCCAGCGAGGAGGCCGAGGAGGCCAAAGACGAGCUCACAGAAAUCUUCAAGAAGAUCCGACGGAAAAGGGCAUUUCGGGCUGACGGUCGGGCCGUCAUUUCCCUCAUGGAGAUGGGCUUCGACGAGAAGGAGGUGAUGGACGCCCUGCGAGUGAGCAACAACCAGCAGAGCGCCGCCUGUGAGUGGCUGCUGGGGGACCGGAAGCCCUCCCCCGAGGAGCUGGACAAGGGCAUUGACCCCAACAGCCCCCUCUUCCAAGCCAUCCUGGAUAACCCCGUUGUGCAGCUGGGCCUCACCAACCCCAAAACACUACUAGCGUUUGAAGACAUGCUCGAGAACCCCCUGAACAGCACCCAGUGGAUGAACGACCCAGAGACGGGGCCCGUCAUGCUGCAGAUCUCCCGGAUCUUCCAGACCAUGAACCGCACGUAG